AUGAAGGCCUAUUGCUUCCUCAGCCUUUUGUCUCUAUCAGGCCUCGCAGUAGCGCGCACCCUCAAUAUUGUCGCCCAUCAGAACGAUGAUAUCCUCUUCCAGAACCCAGACAUCCUCAAUGACAUUGCCGCAGGCCCGGCAUGUCCGCACUGCGCCAUGCAGGCCUACGCCGCAAUGGCCGGUAUGCCCAAUGUCUGGGACGAAUCCGAUAUUGGGGUAGAGGGCAAAGAUAUCCCUGUCUACUCGCUUCGAGACCGCGAUAUCUCCCUCACGUUCAUGCACAUGCCCGACGGCAGUAUCGACGGGGACGGCUUCGCCAGUACAGGCCACGAAUCGCUCGAGAAGCUGUGGAAGGGCAAAAUCGACUCCAUCCGAACAGUGGACGAAUCCGGCACGAGCUACACGCGCAGUGACCUUAUCGAAACCCUGGCGCAGAUCAUCAACGACUUCCACCCCGAUUGCAUCAAUUCUCAGGAUUACGUCCACCCGUAUGGCUCGGGAGACCACAGCGACCACACCUCUGCUGGAUUGUUCGCGAAUGAAGGGGCUAAGGAGUCCAAGUUCCAGGGGAAUGUGAUGGCCUACCGAGGAUAUCCAACCAAGGAUGAGCCCGCUAACGUCGCUGGCUCUGAUCUGGACAGAAAGAAGGCGGCUUUCUACACGUAUGGCAACUAUGAUCCCGUGGCGUGUUCCUCGGACCAGUCGUGUGCUGGUACCGAUUAUGAAAAAUGGCUGCUUAGGCAGUACAUUGCGAACAAUGAGGUGCAAAGGCCCAAGUUUAAGAAUUCGACUCACGUCCCGCUUCCUUCGGUUCACAAGGCCUCGUACCGACUGAGGUUAUGA